AUGGCUGGUGAUAAGAUUCCUACAGUCCAGUCUCUUGAGAAGCCAGAAAAGCUCGAGGACAUUCUGCGCCAGGACCGAGGCGAUGACUGUUUGCCCUGCAAAGUUGUUGGCAGUGGCGCAUUUUUUGGCCUCGGAGCCUACAGCUAUUUCUCUGGCAUGUCACAGCUUGAUAGGCAAAAGGACCUGAUCCUACGAAGCAAAUCACCUUUUGGUAUGCGAAGUCGCAAGCUUGGCAUUACCUCUAUAUCGCUUGCUCUUGUGUGGAUGGGACUCUGGAGGGCACUCAAAUAA